AUGACGGGCGCGCAGUCCGCGUCGAACGCGUUCAAGGUCGUGCUCCUGGGCGAGGGACGCGUUGGAAAGACGUCAUUGCUGCUGCGGUACGUCGAGAACACGUUCUCGGAGACGCAGACGCCGACGGUGCAGGCGACGUAUCUGAGCAAGAGAGUCGCGCUGGAAAACGACGGCGCGGCGACGCUCAACGUGUGGGAUACGGCGGGACAAGAGCGGUUUCACGCGCUCGGACCGAUAUAUUAUCGCGAUGCGGACGCGGCCGUGUUGGUGUACGACAUCACGGAUAGCGAUUCGUUCGAUAGGGUGAAGAGUUGGGUGAAGGAGUUGAGACAAAUCGCCGGGAGCGAGAUUUCGCUGGCGGUGUGCGCGAAUAAGAGCGAUUUGGAACGGGCGAGAAAGGUGUCGCAGAGCGAUGGGGAGACGUACGCGAAGAGUAUUGGGGCGGCGUUCUUUAGUACGAGCGCGAAGGCGGAUAAGGGCGUGGCGCAGGCGUUCAUGAGCGUGGCCACGGCGUUGGACGCGAAGCGAGGCAAGUCGGCGGCGGGCGGCGGCGGCGCGGGCACAAAGACGAGCGGUGUCGGUCGAAGUCGGUCGUUGAAGAUUGCGGAGGAAGAGAUGAAACCGCGCGGUGGCGAUUGCUGCUAA